UAACAAAUAUUCAUUCAUUCUAUACACUUUCAUUAUUUCUUCUCCAUUCUUGUUCAAUCUCUCCUGUUUAUACAAUAUGGGUAUCGAUUAUCCAACAAUGGUGCUCUCGUUGAGAGGUUUGAACAUAAUCAAGUGAGAAAACCUCCCAAAAACAACAAAAAAUAUACAGAAAAUCAGUCAAAAAACAAUAUGAAAAUCCAAAAAAAAAUGAUAUGGCAUGUUAGAUCCGGGAUUUCCCAGACCUCGCUGGACCAACCUUCAUCGCGCCUCCGUGCCCCAGGUGGGUCGCCCCGCUUCUGGGCUAGCAUUGCCGCCACCGGCCAGCCACCACCUGAAUCACCCAAGUGCCGCUCGUCGUCAACAGUCAACCGCCCGGCGGUCAUCCAACUGGUCAGUCGCUGUUCGAUCCCUCAUGACUCUGCUGAUGCGAACCAGGGAACAUGCGCUUUGGAACUCCUUAAGUUUCACCAUUAAUGGUGGCUUGGAGCUUAGGGAAGGUAUGUUUCGGGGCUCGGCCGAUCUUCCACCGUAGGUUAGCUUUUCAAGCCACCCUCACCCCGCUGCAGCUUCCACUCUCAUUGCCGGUCAGCGGUCGACCUCCACUGCCUGGCCAUGGUGGGAUGUUUCACCUGCCUCUCCAUGAUAUGCACGGAUGCUCUUCGCUUGGCCGAGAGCAGACCACGUACAAAGGGCCAAAAUGAGAGGGGGUUAGCAGUCAAAGACGGAGGCGUUGUGGACCGAGUAGACGCAGAGGCUAAGCCUAACUGCAAUGCGAAGGGUUUAAAAUCUGGAGUAUAUGACAGAAGAGGACCCCAUGAUCUUGACAUGCCUGACAGAUGCAGGAGCAAAGGAAUGGUCACAAUUGCUCUGUAUUACGGAGUAUUUGCUGCCCUCUUUGUGCUUCCACUUAAUUCGGACUUGGAGCUUAGGGAAGAUGGAGACAAAGCUGCCAGCUUGCUGAUGGGAACCGACUUUGGAAUGCAAUGAAGUGCAAUGGGCCACACACAUUCAACAAGUCUGCCAGCUUUUACAAAUUAACUUGGGCCCAAGGGAAUCAACAUGCUUCUGUUUAUUUCAAUCCAGCCCACCAAAUUAUUUCAGCCCAUCAAAAGAUAAGUACUCUUUAAUUUUCAUAUUAUUUACGAAUUAUAUUUAUUUAAAUCAUUUUUUUCCGGGUGAAUGUCACACUAUCACACAAUUAUGAUCAAAUGCCUAGUAGACUGUGGCUUGAGACCCAUCACUAGGAUUUAAAGCCCUGACUCCUCAGGCACAAAGCCCUGACUCCUCAGGCACAAAGCCCUGACUCCUCAGGCACGAAGAUCGGUCUUAGUCAUUCCAAGAGUGGCGACCGUUGCGUAUGAAUGGCUCACACCCCACUCUACUAAGUAUUUUAUCAUUACAUCAACAAUUCACAUUUCCACUUUUUUCAAGUGACGAACUCCCGAUCGGAAACAUAAACCCCAAGGAAAAAUUUAUAUGCAUGCUAAAUGUGUAGGUACCAAGAGGACUUUACUCAUUUUCACCUCGACUCCACUCGCCUCAACGAGUGGGGGACUGGGGGACUGAGAGGUCAGGUUUUCUGGAUGAGCACUAAAUAUCACGCGUGAACAGGAACGAGAGCUAAGUCAGAUGAAGACAGAUUGAACUAGACAAAAGUGAUUAUGUUGGAAGGGGCCUACCUUCCUUGUUUCAUGUUGGGGGGCGUUAGGUGUACUCUUUUUCCCUUUAUUAGGAUUUUUUCUCAUUCGGUUUUUUCCUAAUGAGGUUUUUAACGAGGCACCUCCCCACCAUGGACAAGGGUGGUGGUCCCCCGGCCGAAGAGGAAGAAACCAAAGGCAGAAGAACUUUGCGGAUACAAUUGUGAACUACUCCCUUUCGCCUCGAGUACUCUCGACUCAGGGAGUGGGGGACUCCUGAUGGAAUAUAUGGACUCUGACCCCCCGGUCGGCCGACUACUGGGUCUGGACAGUGGCCCACGCACGUUUAGCGGAUUCAUAUUAUUGUACAUUAUUAUUAUUAAGAUGUUUUAGAUUAGCUUUUUAUACUAUCAGUCCAUUUAUGUAACCGGUUCUGUCGGGCCCAUAUUAGAGGCCCAGAUCCGAAUUUUCCCUAUAUAUACUCCUUAUAGGAGGCUUGUAAACCAUAACAAAUAUUCAUUCAUUCUAUACACUUUCAUUAUUUCUUCUACAUUCUUGUUCAAUCUCUCCUGUUUAUACAAUAUGGGUAUCGAUUAUCCAA